UUCCGGUGUAAGCCGCAAAUAUGGCGGACAAAAUUACAGACGAGGAACUUGUGGAAGAGUUAAAAGCUUAUGGCGAAGUAGUGAAAGUGCCGAUCGAUCGAAAAAAGCGGCCAAUAUUGAUAAAAAAGUUGAACCAUUUCAAAGCUCGCGACAGACCUGCCAAUCAAGGGAAGAAAACGACGCCUUCUCGUGCCCGACCAACAAAAAAUAUCGAGUUCAGUUCUGCUGAAGAAAGUGAGGAGGAAACUGCGGGGCCGAUUAGACGCAUGCUCGGGAGACAAAGUACCCAGAAAGGACCGGUGUUAUCAUACUCUAAAACAGAUACCAUAGAGAUUUCUCCGCCUCGGACGCGCGCCGGAGUUCGUCGUAGCACAAGGAAAAGUGGGGUAGGUGGUACCAACAGUGAGACAGCGGCAGCCCCCAGCGUCCCCCUCAAAUCCCUAUAUCCGGACCUGUCACAAGAGGUGGACGGAGCCAAUAAUUCCAGGAACUAUUCCUUUGAUUAUCAGAAUGAAUUCACUGACUCUGACCCCGAGGAAAGUGUCUACGAGGUGGAGAACAAGUCGAUGAACACGACUUUCCAUUUACAAGACAGUUAUGUUGAUAAUUACGAGUCACCCAUAGGUCGCUCUGUAAAACAGCGCCGGUCUAUUGGCCGAGGAAAACCAAAGAAAGAGGAAAAGAAUACGACAUGGUCUGGGUACUCACCCAGCAAGCUGAAUAAUAUCACAGAUAAUAAGGAGGGACAGGAUGAAAACGACGGCCAUUUUGAUCAUUCAUACGAACCCCGAGCUUCAUUUAUAUCUACGAGCAUUCUGUGUAUAGUCAUUGGUUUCUUUUUGGUUGUGGGUGCCACGUACAUUUACCUACGUCAAGAAACAGGCAGCAGUAACCAUGGUAACUCAGAACAGGGAAAAACAGAUGUAGUGUUCCCCAUAGGAAAAAACGAAUCAAAGUGUUCCGAGGCUCUGAAGAUAGUACAUCAGAUUGAAGAAUAUCUCAGAAAUGAAGGAAAUGGUAAAAAAGUACCAAAUGAAUCUUGGGAAAAAGAUAUACCAAAAGGCAAAAAUUUGGAUGAAGCAAAAGAACUGAUAAUUCUGAAUCCCCAAUGGAACAUCAGAGCUUACGAUGAAAAAGGGAAUCCAGUGGUUAACAGUUCACAAAUAGAUUACCUGGAGGCUGAUCCCAAUCUGGGAUUAGUGGCCCGGAUCUGGAGAUCCCUGGAGAAGAUCCUGUAUGGAUUAGUGCUGCUACUCAGCUGUGUUGGAGUUAUGGUUCUUGCUUUCCUCAGCUGGCGGUAUCACCGGAAUAGAAUGGAGAAGGAACAGAAGUGUGUGUUUGAACUGGUGGAGAAAAUCAUAGAUUUGGUCAAGGAUAACUACGAGCUUCACCAGGACAACAGUCGACACCCUGAGUUUAUCCCAGUGUCUCACGUCCGGGAUCAGUUACUACCCCCCAAGCAGAGACAGAAGCUGAGGCCACGCUGGGAGAAGGCAGUCAAGUUUAUCGAGGCCAACGAGUCUCGGAUUCGGAUAGAGAGCCAAUCGGUGCAGGGCGAGGAAUUCCUUGUCUGGAGGUGGCUUCCGGCCUGCUCCAAUGGAGGGAAGUACUGGCAGGGACAAGCAUUCGGGGAGAACAAUGCCACCUCCGGUAGUGGGGGAAGCCUGCCUUACAGCCCCACCCCCUGCCUCAAAAUACGCAACAUGUUCGAUGCUGAAAUGGAAACAGAUGAAGAUUGGGAGCUCAAUGUACAGGACGCCAUCUUGGAGAAGUGUAAAGGAAUCAAGGGAAUUCUCCAUAUCUUCGUAGACGCUAACUCUAAAGAGGGGUGUGUGUACAUGAAGUGUAACAGCUGUGAGACGGCCUAUCAGGUGUAUAAAUCCUUACAUGGCUGGUGGUUUGAUGGUCGCCUAGUGACGGUCAAGUAUUUACGACUGGAGCUCUACCACAACAAGUUCCCUGAAUCUAAACAGGCCCUCAAGUCGCUGCAGCCCUCAACCACUCAGAUGACCUCGCUUGCUCGUCCCUAUCACCGCUCAACGCUUGAAAUGACAUAGAUAAGCGGUCGACAAUUAACGCAUCCUCAUCGUCUUCAGAGUGCCUUGUAGACUGCGUCAACCGUUCCUUACGUGGUUCUGUGAACAGACUAGUUUAUUUGAGUUGUGAGUUUUGAUUGGUCUAGGAUAGAGACCUGAAUGUUGGUUCCUCUGGUCGGCGUGUUAUUGUGUCGUUAUGAUGUGCCAUGAUGUGUGUGUGUAGAGAAUUUGUCAGCAUGGAAAUUUCUGCUCAGUCACUAUACAUCUGUUUGAUUUCAGAAUGUUGGUCAUUCUCUUUUUUAUUUUGAUUGUGAACCAGAGAGACUGUGAAAGAGAGAGAGAGAGAGAGAGAGAGAGAGAGAGAGAGAGAGAGAGAGAGAGAGAGAGAGAAAGAGAGAGAGAGAGAGACUGUGAAAGAGAGAGAGAGAGAGAGAGAGAGAGAGAGAGAGAGUAAUACUGUAGGAACUCUGUGUAACGGAGUAAAUAACCAAUCAACUUCCUAUCGAGACAGUUCUCCUAAAAUAACGAACUGUAUACCAUAUGCUGAAUAAAAUUAGGAACUAUAAUACAGUUGCUUAAAAAAAGAAUAAAACGUUAAAAUUAUAUAGAACUUAUAGUUAUAUAAUCAAAAUUCCCUUUCUCUUUUGCCCAUUUUUUGGUAACUUGUAUGGCAGUCUUUAUUUUUCAUUGUUUUUAAUAUCCUUGUUGCAUCAUUAUGAUUUUUACAUUAUCAGUUGAAGCUGAUAUUUAACUGAUUAACUCAAGAAUUGAAUGAUACGGAUUACAUUUUCUGUCCUGUUUUAAUACAAAAGUAAUGAAAUACUGGAUGAAACGUAUAAAGUGACAGGCGCAAUAUUACUCAGUCCACAACCAUCUACAUGUAUAUAAGACCAUAUAAAUUCAUUUUUAUGUUUUUUUAAUUGCUUAGAAUUUUUUUUUGUUAAACAAACUAUAGUUUACCAUAGUACCAUUACAUUUAAAUCUGUGUAUAUGAUUUGAUAUAUACAUUGUUGAUCUCACUAAGUCAGUCAUUUGUAAAAGUUUUAAAACACAAAAUCAAACAGCUUAGCUGUAGGUCGUGUAUGUGUGAGCAUCCUGUCAUGAACUCCCAUCCUUCUUUCAGUGAACCAAACGCAUUUCCUUAACAAGAGUUGUGCCAUGGUAGUAUUAGUACAGUGUGUGACAGAAUCUAAUUCCAUUUUUGUCAGUAAAUUUAGUUCAGUGUAUGACAUACAGAGUAUGACAAAGUCUAGGAUCAACUUGUUAACUUUGUACACAAUGUGUGAUCAUAGUUUGGUUUACUUAUUUUUUUUCAGUUUUUUUUUCUUACCUCCCAAGUAUUAUUAUAUAAAUGUGUACAUUAAAAUCAAUGCUUAUCAAUUUUCACAUGAAAAAAUAUAUUAAGGUACAUAUAAAAAGAGUCAUUUAACUUUAUUUCAUGCCAGUUUUUUGAGAUAAAUUUACAUCAGAUUUCUUCAUUGUUUGUUAUGAAUGGUUUUAAAACAUGGUAGAUGCAGUAAAAGACAAUGAUGCUUUAUUGUUCACAAUCUAGGAGAUAAUGUAUUCCACACGACUUUAAGAAUGUGAUAUGGAGUGUAUAUAUAACAUGAAGUAUGUGACAAAUAUCAUUCAAUUUUAAUUAACUAAUAAACUGAUAAAGCUAGAUGUAGACAUUUUCUGUUAGUACAUGGAACAAAUCUAUGUCAAUUAACACUGAAAAUCAUAUUGAUUCCGACGGGGAUUUGAACCGACAGCGACAAUUACCGAGUGUGAAUUACUCGUAAAUGUCGCAAUCUAGGGAUUACCCAGCUUUGUGCGAGUGUGUACAUGAGAGAGUGCGUUAAUUAAAUGGCAAGAUGAAUCAUGUUGAUGAAGAUGUGUUGUGUUAAUUAGGUGACAGACAGAUAGUGUUUAAAAAGAACAGGUGGAAUUUGUUAUUAUACAAGGCCAAGUGUUAUAUACCCAUUUGUAUUAAUAUAUGUACAUGUCAUAUUUUAAGAUUAAAACUACAUCUAUGGUAA